AUGCAGGUCGAAGUUCAGAAGCGCGCCCGCUCGGCGUGCACGACGUUCAAGGCGUUGAAGAGCGAAUGGGACGAAGUGCGCGGCGAGGCGCAGGACGCGAUGACGGUUUUCGCGAACGCAAACUUAGAGUUGCGCACCGUGGAUGAUUUGUCGUUCCCCGAGACGUUGUCGGAAGUCGACGUGCGAGAGGCGUUGCGGGCGAAGCGAAACGCGGCGUUCGAAGCGGCGGACAAGCGUCUGGACGAGCGCCGAGCGGACGUCGAGGAGAUACGUCGAGACUUUGAAAAGCUCGCCAACGUGGAAAAGUAUUUCGCAUCGUCGAUCGUGGAUUACCCGGAUGACGGCGCGUUGUUUCGCACGAUGACGUUCAAGAGCUUUCGGCGCGCGUUUUCCGCCGUCGCGCAAACGUUUGUGGACGAUUUAAAAGCCAAGGAGAAGAUUAUGGACAAGCUUUCGGCGACGAAGGACGAUCGGAGCGCCGCGUUGGUGUUGAUUUCUGCGUUUGCGCUCGAUCCACUGAUUGAGCAAGACUUACUAGACGAGUUCGAGUCCCUCGUAUUGAAGAACGAGCUCGGAGGGUGA